AUGAUCCAUUCGGACAUUGUGGAAAUGCCGAUCACCCAGGGUGGCUCCAGGUGCUUGAUCAUCUUUACUGACGAUGAUCCUCGUGGUCCGUGGGCAUACGCCAUGAGAUGGAAGCAAGAUGCGCCCCAAAACUUUGGACAUACUUAUGCAUGGGUACACCGACAGUUUGGCGCCCAGAUCACAAGGUUCCUCGGUGACAACGGGAGAGAAUCCAGUCCAGGAGUUGAGUUCGAUACCUCGCCACCAUACUGCAAAGGGCAGAAUUAUCGCGCCGAACGCAGGAAUCGCACUAUCCGGGAGUCCUGA